CAAACCUGCAUGUGUACUAACAAGUCAAGGAAAAAUGAGUCCAGUAGCAAUAUUAGAACGGAUAUCGGACGCGCUGCGUUCGACAAGCAAGCUUCCUGAAGUCUUUACAAUGCUUGCUGAAGCCAGGAGCAAGCCCAACGGCGCUGAUGCGUGGCUAGGAGUCGCAAAGUCCGCUCUGCAGAACGGAGACCCCGAACGGUGCAAAGUACUAUUGACAUCCUGGCUCGAGCAAGACCCGCACAAUGUGGCGUUCAACGUGCUGCUAUCGAAAGCAUUGCAACAAGUGGGCACGCCGGAGGCGCUGGAGAAGAGCGUGGCAGCUGCACGGUCAGCUGUCAAGGCGGCGGCCGGCGGCGACGUCCUGCCAGCCACCGUGCAGCUGGCGGUGGCGCUGGGAGCGCGGGCGCGGGUGCACGUGCGGCAGCAGACCGAGCGGCAGAACGACAGGGCGGAGGCGGUGCAGCUGCUGAGCGUGCUACUCGACUCGGGCGCGGCAGUAGCCGCCGGCGCCGCCCCCGCCGCCCUGGCGGGCGCCCGCUACAGCCUGGCGCUGCUGCAGGCGGAGGCGGGGCACGCCGCCGCCGCCAUGGCCAGCGCGCGGGCGGCUCUGCAGGACGCGCAGGCGGCGGCGGCGGGGUCGUCGUCGUCGUCGGCGGCGGCGGCGGGCGCCCCGGCGGUGACGGCGCUGUGCCUGGUGCUGGUGUCGGUGCUGCUGUCGUCCAGGCGGCAAUUCAAGCUGGCAGCGUCGGUGCUGACCGCCGCGCCCACCACCGCCGCGCUGUCCAGCCCCGGCGCCCCCGCCCGGCCCCUCUGGAGCGACUGCCUGGUGCUGCGGCUGCGCUCGCGGCUGCUGGCGGCGCAGGACGACACACCCGCCGCCAUCGCGGCGCUGGCGCAGGCCAAGAAGGCGCUGACGGGCUGGGCCACGGCGGCGGCGGGCGGCGCGGCGGCGGGCGGCAACGUGCCGGCGGGCUGGAACCUGGACAAGCUGAAUGCGGAGCUGGCCAAGGUGUGGGGCGAGCUGGGCGUGGCGCUGGCGCACGCUGGGCAGCGGCCCGAGGCGUUGGCGGCGGCGGACCACGCGCUGGCUCUGGCGCCCUGGUCCGCCGCCAGCCGCACCGCUCUGGGCGCCGUGCAGGAGGCGCUGGGGCGGGCGGGCGCGGCAGAGGCGGCCUACAACGACGCACUGGCGCUGGACCCCACCUGCGCGGCAGCGCUGCUGCGGCAGGGCUCCCUGCACGCGCGCCGCGGCUCGCGACCCGACCUGGCCGUGGCGCGGGACCUGCUGGCGGAGGCGCUGCGCUACGAGCCCGCGGAGGCGGCGGGCUGGUACGGGCUGGGCCGUGUGGCCGCCGCACUGGGCCACGGCUUUGAGGCGGAGGCGCACCUGCUGACGGCGGUGCAGCUGGCGGGCGCCGCGCCGCUGCUGCCGUACUCGGAGCUGCCGCUGGCGCCGCCGUAGGUAGUGGGUGGGGGGUGGCGCGAAGCAGAGAGUGCGUCGUGGGAAGGAAGAGCGAGCAGGUGGCGUUGAUUGUGAGGUGGUGAAGGUGCAUCGUGGAGAUGUAGAAGUGCCGCAUUCAGGACCGUGCGUGGACUGUUUUGGGGUACGGACGCUUGGCGAGGUGGAGCGGCAGAUGGGGUGGGCACACGUUCAGCAGGUUGUGCCGGUGCCGACGGAGUUGGUGAGACCGGCUGGCGCAGAAGUCCGACACGGCCAUACGGUACAUUGCGGCUGCUGGGCAUGCGGAUGUGCGCCAUUCCCAGCUGAAGUCAUGAUUGGCAAACCGUAGGCACGAAGAGAGCGGAAGUGGAUUCAACCGUGAAUAGCUCGAAUGGCGGGAAGUCACUGGGGGUCAGGUUGCUCGGGUCUCGGUAGCUAGCGGGAAGUAGGUCAAGUUAGCAACUCUUAUUGCUUAUUCAACAAGGCCAAGAAUGCUUUCAAUUUGUAAGCCUCGAGUCCU